AUGUACGAGUGUCAAAUCUUGCCAGUGAUUGAUGAAGUAAACACGAAUUCACCUUUUCUGGAAACAUCAGCACACAAAGAUGGUGCUCAUAUACAACUUGUUUAUAAUAAAACUGAACAUAUUCCAUUGAAAGAUUUCGCGGCGGAAAUUCGCGGAGGAAAAGAUAUCAAAGAAUUCAUUCACAGUGCACUUGUUCUUCUCGAUGUUCAAGACACAUCAAUAGGUGAUUUAUUGGAAAUUAUUCUUCGACAGAUUAAACAAACGUAUGUUCCACACAAUGGCGGUUCUGGGGCAACAUCUCCCACACUUUCCGUAUCGAAUGCAACAACGACCAUGAUCAGCAACACGGUCAGUAGCAUGGCUAGUGGACAUCGAGAAAAUCUAAACAUCGAAGAAAUUAAACAAGCGUUAUUUGUCAACGAUCGAGUGCGAAUCUUAGCAAAAACUCUUCAAGCAACAACAGCUACGGAAACCAAUUGGACGUAUGAUCAAUCAUGGCUGGCUAUCAUGUGCACCUCGCCAUCGAUACUCAAACGUCAUGUGGCGAUUGCACGACUAAAGAAUCCGUGUAACUUAGGACGAAAUUGUCAAGAAGCACGGUUUAUUGUCUUUAUUCUUUCACCCAUGAAAGAAAAAGGUACGAAGAACUUUCUUGAAACGGGCCGAACGUUUGCUACCAUCUUUGCCGAUAUCGAAUUACGUGCUAAAUUAUUAAAAGCAGCAACACAACAAGAAUUCAUAUCCAUCAUUGAUAAACACACAGAUCAUUUGAUGGAGCAACAAACAGCUGUAGUACGAACUUCUCUACCCGAUCCGUUUGAUGACAUUCAUACCAAUCCUGAUGCAUCAAAAGAUCAUAUAUAUUAUUGUUCAUUGCCUUCUGACAUUUGUAUGGAUUUAUCACGCCGUUUACCGCACUAUUUCUCGGAUUACUACGAUAUCUUUAAAACGUACCGUGGUCCACAAAAGGUCCUGUCAACAGCGGUGUUUCUCUAUUUCGCUUGUCUGUUACCAAGUAUUGCUUUUGGUGUACUUAAUUCUCAGGCAACAAACGAUACGAUCAGUGUACCCAAAGCCGUUGCAUCACAAUGUUUAGGCGGACUCUUUUUUUCAAUAUUUGCUGGUCAACCGUUAAUUGUCGUAUCUACAACAGCGCCUUUAACAAUCUAUGUCAAAGUCAUUUAUGGAUUAUGCACGUGGUACGACGUGGAUUUUCGUGAUACCUAUGCAUUGGUUGGUUUGUGGAAUUCAUUUUUUCUGAUAUUAUAUGCAAUUUUUGGCGUAUCGAAAGUCAUGAAAUGGUCAACAAGAUCAACCGAAGAAAUUUUUGCGCUAUUUGUGUCCAUUGCAUUCUUAGUUGACGCUAGUGCACAUGUUUAUAAAAAUUUUUCAUCGACAUACUCAACUGUUAUUUGUGAGCAACAUGACGAAUAUUGGACAAAGCAAAAAUUAAAUAAAAGUACAGCUCUAUCUCUGCCUGAAGAACUAUCGAAAGGACCAUGUUCACGCGAUUCAAGUUUACUUUAUCUCCUAUUAACACUGGGAACUGUUUGGCUCGGAACGUUUUUAUAUAAAUUUAAACAAACACCAUACUUAACAUCAGCUAAGCGAGAACUAUUAACUGAUUAUGCUUUACCGGUAUCUGUUAUCGUUAUGUCGUUGGUUGGUAGUAUACUUUUUAGUCAAAUAAACCUUCCUUCAUUUGCUGUUGAUUCUCUCCAUCUAUUCGAUAUGGUUAAGUUCAAACCCGUUAGUGUCAAACAAAUCGUUGGUACUGGAGUUUUAGGAUUUUCACUAUCCUUGCUGAUGUUUCUGGAUCAGAAUAUUGCAGGCGCAAUCGUCAAUUCUCCAGCAAACAAACUGAAGAAAGGCAAAGCUUUUCACGUUGAUCUUUUUGUCAUCGCAAUUCUUAAUGGUUGGCUUUCACUAUUUGGGCUAACAUGGAUGCAUGGCGCGUUACCGUUGUCUCCUUUACAUGUCAAAGCACUGGCAGAUACAGAGGAACGUGUUGAACAAGGUCAUAUUCAAUCAGUAAUCGUUAAAGUACGAGAAACACGUUUAACAGUUUUAAUUUCCCAUAUAUUCAUUGGUUUAUCAUUGCUAAUGCGUCACGUACUAAAACGAAUUCCAAUGCCAGUGUUAGAUGGUCUAUUUUUGUACCUCGCAUUGACAUCCCUUGACGGGAAUCAAUUUUUUGAACGAGUGACUUUAUUCUUCACCGAGCAGGCUGCGUAUCCGCCAAACCAUUAUAUUCGACAAGUUCCUCAACGUAAAAUUCAUCUAUUCACAUGUUUACAACUAAUUCAGCUUCUAAUCCUGUGUGCUCUGGGUUUUUCACCAAUACUUUACACGAAAUUGAUCUUGCCAAUCUGGUUAGUUUUCAUGGUAGCUUUCCGUUAUCGACUUUUACCAAAACUGAUUGCAACGAAGUAUUUACGAGCGUUGGACCAACGUUUAUAA